AUGCGCACUGCCAAGCUCGCGGCGCAUUCCUUCGUGAAGCUCCGAAGGAUCGUGAAGGAGGCGGAUGAGAAAGAAGGCACCACGAGCACCGACGGGGAGGAGUUGCCGGAGUCCUUGAGCAGCGCGCUGCCCACCUUCAUGGAGACGUUCUGGAGUUUGUCGUCCCACGACAUCACCGGAACACUUGACAAGGUCAUUGCGCGCGUCUUGAGUGACGGGGGCGUCUCCUUGGAAGAACGCGGCCUUCGUGCUGAGCGUCUGCGCAAGCUCGGCCAAGCGCUCCAGGCGCUCAGCGAGGCCACGGAGACGGCCACUGCCACGUCGAGUGGCCCUCAGGGCACCGCGGAGUGCCGUCGCUUCGAGAAGGCCUUUGUCGCCUCGAUGGCGAACCGCGCGUAG